CAGAGAAGCGCGAUUGGUUACUCCAGAGAACACGCCUCCACUGCUCUAGAGUCCAGUGGCGACAGUUUGUGCACUGUGUGUGGUAAGGCACAUGGGGUAAUCAGAACACUGGUAUUGCAGUAAUCAGGGCACUGUAUGGGGUAUGGCAGUGAUCAGAAUGCUGGUUUGGUAUAUGGUGGUGAUCAGGACGCUGGUAUGGGGUAUGGUGAUGAUCAGGACACUGGAAUGGGGUAUGGCAGUGAUCAGAAUACUGAUAUGGGAUAUGGCGGUGUUCAGGACACUGGUAUGGGGUAUGGUGGUGAUCAGGACACUAGUAUGUUGGUGAUCAGGAUGCUGGUAUUGGGUAUGGUGGUGAUCAGGACAUUGCCAUUAGGUAUGGUGGUGAUCAGGAUGCUGGUAUGGGGUAUAGAACUGGUCAGGACACUGGUAUGAAGUAUGGUGGUGAUCAGGACACUGGUAUGGGGUAUGGUGAUGAU